AUGAACCCUAGUGUUCACACACGUCUUCUCGUGAACACUGCGCGUAGGCUGGCAUGCCUGCCGCCAGUCGCUGUCGGAGUUGCGCGGAAGUUCAAACAGGCUAGGUCGCCGGACUCGUACGCGUAUCUCGAAAUGGGGCGUGCAGGGCACCCAUCCUCCGCGAUCCCCUCAUCACUAUCACGAUGCUCCCGCUGCUCAGCUUUGCUUGCGGUCGGUGCCGUUACCGCCAGCUCUCUAUACCCUGAUAUCGAUUCUCGCUCGCCAAAUCCCAAGCGCCGAUCAGCGGGCCUUACCUUACCAUUGGCUCACGACUCGAUAGGAAUGUCAGCACCCAGCACGCCGCUACCUUUGUCGCUUUACCAGUCUUCAUACCAAUACCGCUCAUGCCGAUUUGAUACUCUGGCAUGGUUUGCGCAACUCGCCGCGCGGUAUGGGCGCGUCAUGUUGAGGGUGAAGAGAACAUCAAGCUUCUCAGAUGCCGACCUCGAUGCUCUCUCACCGAGCGUAUACGAUCUCGCUGGUGACGCUAGCGCUCCCCUAUGUGGGUACCCCGAAGGUUACGACGGGGCACGCGACGAGGCCUGCACACCCAAGCACUAG